UUAGUGCUUCUUGAUGCUGUCCAUCAUGGCCUUCUGCUCAGAUGCCAUUCUGCGCGCACACAUAAUACACACACACGUGUGUGGUGACGGUAGCUUAAGGGUGGCGCUUUUCCUCUUCGUGUGCCGUGACGUUGGCCCGCCACGGCGGGUUCAUGAACAUCUCUUCUGAACAGCGACUGGCUCUUCUGCUGGUGAAAAAACCUGCAUGCAAUCACGUGCGGACCACAUCAUGAUUGACUGAAUUGUCCAGCCAGAAAAACGCUGCUGAGAGCCGAAACCUUCGCCGAAAUCCUCGAACUUGACUUUGAUCACAAAUGGAAUGCCAAUCGGCUGUACCUAUCAAUCAGCAAACAGCACAGAGGCAGGUUGUGGUGUGAUGUGGUGUGCACUGGCCGUUGCUUUGGACGUACCGUGUGCAUGCGUCGAGGCGUGUGUUGAAUAUGACGGUGCUGAACGAAAACCCUCCCGCUUCACCACCUCGUAGACCUCCAUCGCGAGAUCAACCUGCACAGUGAUACAACGGCGCAUUGCACCACACAGAGCGGCGUCCGUGGAGUGCAUGCAUUCCAUGUGUCUCUCUGUCCCACCUGAGCGCCUUUCGCCAGGGCUAUCACCAGCGUGGCGUAGACCUCGCCCUUCUCCUGCUUGCACUUUGGCCGACUCGCCUGCUCACUGGCGGCGAGCGGCUGCUCCAGGAACGAGUGCUUUAUAAGGUCCUGGAAGAUCCUGUAGGCCGCUGUGAGGUCAUUGUGUUGAAUGGCUUCGACAAGGCGGCCGUAUGCGGGGGAAGGUGGCUGGUAUCGCCCUUGAUGAAUGUCGACAGAGAGUCGAGGUCGACUUUGGCCUGCACGACCAACGUAACGGCCUGCAGGCAUUUUACCGACCGCAAGCCAAAUGUGUAUGCGGCAAUAUCGUGAUGACUCUUUGUGAGUUUUGCGUACGUGGCGUCAGACACGACCCCUGGCACCCAUUGCCUACUCGAUCGCAGAGAAUAAUCGCAGAGAAUAUCGCAGAGAAUAUCGCAGAGAGUAUCGCAGCCAGCACAGCAGCGCCAAACAGAAGUCCGGGGCACACAGUCGCUUCUGAAACAAGAAGAAGACAACUCAACAGCAGCCCGAGAAGGAGGGAGGGUGACUUACUGCAGCUUCAUCGUAACGGAUCAUCAUCUGUCUCUCCACCAUGAUCACCUGAGCCCCUAGGUGGAGCCGGUCGACCACCCUAGCUGUACAGCACACAAACUCAGAUACCGUCAUUCCUCAAUACCAAGAUCCGAGAGGAACAUCUGGUAUUCCUUUUUCUGAUCCUGGAGACGAUGCCUGUAGAAGACACGAUGUUGACUCCUUUCCCUUGCCUCUUCCCUUAUGUGUCCUGGGCCUACGGUGACAGAGGAAGCCGGCGAUAUAGUGUACGAUGACGUCGGACAGUCGAAUGAAUGUCCCUCUCGCACCAUGUAGCCGAACACCAGCGCCCCGAUGAGCAUCACAACGCAUAAGAGAACAGUCGACGUAUUCUACAUGGAGAACACCACAGGCGAGAGCCAAAGAUGGGCUGCAAAGAUGGACUGUGGCUCAUCAACUUUCUUCCCAUCAACCUACCUUGGCGCCGUUUGUCCAUCGAUGGGGCACCCAAGACAUGAGGCUUGGCUUGGCCUCUUCGAACUUGACUUUGAUCACAGAUGGAAUGCCCAGGCGGCCAGCAUUUCCCAUGGCGUGUCGCCCACACAUACGACACACUCCUUGGUCAUAUGGCCUGGGCGGCGGUCAAACUCCUCUACAAGGGUCAGGGUCUGAAGGGUGAGAGGCCAAGAUACUGCUGGCGGAAUGUUUUCUAUCCCCCUCGUGUGUGUGUACCUUGCAGACCUCUCCCGGAACCGCUUGACUAUCAACCUCGCGACGCUCCGCUCUCUCCCUCGCCGUGCAGAUGGGCUUGGGUAGACACCGUGUGAACGAGAUGCCCGGCGUGCGAAAGCUGUCGGUGUUGAAGGAGGACAGCUCAGAAGUGGCACAGAGGCUGCUGACAGCUCACAGGGCGCCGAAAGCACUGCUGAUGGGACAAAAACCGCCAAAAAGCCAAAACAUCAUUAAAGA